AUGAAGCUCAUCGGAAAAUACAUCGACAAGGAUGGCUCAGGCCAUGUCACUCUCCGCCCAGAGGAUGAUGAGGAUAUGUGGCAUCUCUACAACCUCAUCCAGGAGGGCGACGAAGUCCGCGCACCCGCUAUUCGUCGUGUGCAGAAUGUCUCUGCGACAGGAUCAACCGAGUCUCAUCGCGUUCGUCUAAAUCUUACCCUCACCGUCACCCGCGUCACUUGGUCGCCCUCAACGUCUGCGUCGGGUGAUGCGACGACCUCGGCAGACUCCUCUAAUAUGUCCCAGAACUCGACGGCUUCACUCCAGAUCUCGGGUCGGGUUUCGUCCGAGAAUCAGCACGUCAAAAUGGGCGCGUUUCACACCCUUGAUGUAGAGGCUAACAGAGAUGUGCGCAUUGUGAAAUCGGACGGCUGGGACAGCAUCGCUCUGGGUCGGGUUAAGGAAAGCUGUGUGCCAGGGAGAGGGGCCGAAGUUGGGGCAGUUGUUUGUGGAGAAGGAACUGCAAUCUUCUGUCUGCUCUCGGAACAUAUGACUGUAGUCCUUCAAAGACUCGAGGUUCCAAUACCGCGCAAAAUUGCUACUGGGUCUUCUGCGCACGAGAAGGGUCUCCAACGUUUCUACACGGCACUUUAUGCUUCUUUCCUGAGACACAUCCCGUAUUCAGCCCCUUCUCUGCGUGCCAUUGUGAUUGCUUCCCCCGGUUGGGUGCGUGAUGCUGUCUUCGACUUUAUAAUGGCAGAGGCGAGUCGUACAGGAAACAAAACGUUAAUGAGCACGCGGAACAAGUUCCUGCGAGUACACGUAAACAGCCCACAUGUGCAUAGUUUGGUAGAAGUACUGAAGAGUCCAGAGAUCGUAUCACAACUCAAAGAGACGAAGUUCGCGAGAGAAGGCAUCAUGCUUGACAGAUUUUUCAAGAUGCUAGGUGCUGAUGAGAUGCGCGCAUGGUACGGUCCAGAUCAUGUAUCGUUAGCCGCAGACCGAGGGGCUAUUGGCACACUGUUAAUAUCAGACGAAUUAUUCCGUGCGAGUGACCCGGUAUUGCGAAAGAAAUAUGUGACACUAGUGGAGAGCGUAAGGCAGAGGGGUGGGGAAGUGCUUAUAUUCUCAAGUAUGCACGAAUCAGGGCAACAAUUAAACCAGUUGACUGGCAUUGCAGCAAUUUUAACUUAUCCGUUAGAUGUUGAAGUCGUAGAGGCAGAAGAAAGAGAGGCGAAGGAGGAAGAGGAAAGGAGAAAGGCGGACGACGGUGACGGAGCGGGCGAAUAA